AUGGCUGAUACGUCCAAGCCUGCAUAUAGUGCAGCAUUUGAUGCUCAAGUCGAUAUUAAGAGACACGCUGCCUGCGACGAAUGCCGAAAACGCAAACUGAAGUGUUCCGGGGAGCCGGCAGGAUGUGCUAGAUGCCUGAAGCAAAAGCUGACAUGUCACUACUCCGAACAGAAACAGAUGGGACGGCCUAGGAAGCGGCAGAAGACAGACGAUGAGCCGCCCACUCCUUCACAGAAGAGAGGUGUAGCCACAUCUCCUCGCCCAAUACAGCCUGCGGUUGCAAAGAUAGGUCUCGAACAGCCAUGCCAGGCAGAAAUUAUCGACCCAGCUCUGGCCGUUAUGCACAACGAGCGGUCACAAUUUGAGAACAUAUGCACUGCGCCAGUAGCACAGGCCAUCCGUUCGCAGAGGACAACAUCAAACCAGAGCAAUGGCACACCGGUUCUCGAUACAGGUACACCUCCCUCCCAGAACCGUGCGCCUACACCCGACACGUUCGAUAUUUUCAACACCGCAUAUCCUACUGAUGUUGCUCAAUGGCCUGACUUUUCGACGCUUGAAAUGUUGCCGCUGCCUGUUGGAGACAAAUUUUCUGGUGUGGAACCAGAUGGACUGUCCAGUAUUGACCCUGAUGUGAAUCCAGAGGCUCUCAGUAACCUCCCGUCCGUACCAGCUUGCCCUUGUCUGCCAAAUUUAUACCUCACUCUAUCAACACUUUCCACGCUUUCCAGUUUCCCAUUCACGCGUCAAACUAUUAACACUGUAGAGAGCGCCUACAAGACGGCCAAGGGUGUGAUAUACUGCCCUGUGUGUCCGCAGAAGUUCGAUACAGGUUCAUCAAAUCUGAUGUUGGCGUGUACGUUACUCAAUGUCCUCGCAGACCAGUGGAACAGGCUUCGCAAAUUAGUGCCUGACGAGUUACGGAAGUCUUUCGGCACAGUCGAAUCACAAAAGUCCUUCGUGACCACGAAAGAAGGUCAGGAGUGGAGAUUGUUUGUGCAUAAUAUGAUCCGAGCAUACGCUUUCGGUGAUGCUGCUAUUCCCACUCCUCCAGGAGUGCCUGCCUCAGCUCCAGAUACCUAUCCGCCUCUUACACUUAAUGGACUCUGCAACGCGCUUGAGAGACGCCAGAGACAGUGGCAUAGACUUGAUGAGGCUACAUCGGAGUUCCCGGACCGUGUAACUCCUGAAUUACAGGCCGGACACCUUGUUGGUGACGAAGACAAUCCUGGAAAGCAUCUAUGUCUCGAGAUUGUCAACCACGCAAAGUGUAUAGUGAAUGCUUUGGACAAGCCUACGCACUGUGUUCGCUGA